AUUCAUCUCUUAGAAGGAAGAGAGGAAAUCUGCAGAAAGGCAAGGAGAGUUUAAUAAAAACUAAGGACGUUUUUUUAACCAUCAAUUCUAACCUGUGUCUCCUCCUGUUCAGACUUUAAAAGGUGCAAUUUUCUUUGCAAUCCAUUUUUUAUAGUGUGCUGUGUUACUGUGCUGCUGCAGGUUCAGCUACUGUGUGGAGAUACUUCUGAUUCUUUCCAAGAAUUAUUUUCCUACAAACUACAGACAAACUAAAGUAAAGCCAUAGCUGUGCCUGCUGUUUUUUUUAUUUCUUUUUUUGAACAAAUUCCAGCAUCAGGAGCUUCCAUUCCAAAGUGAAUCUCUGCCAAGCAGGGACAGAGUGAGGGCGUGCUCUCUUUUAUGCGGUUUGCACAAAAGCUUGGCUUCUUUUCUGGAGGUGAAGAACGGGGUGACCUAAAGAGGAAGCACCAAGGAUCAGAGUGCUCCAAGAAAAGCUCAGUCAAAGAGGGGGAGAAGGAGGAGGAGGAGGAGGGUGCUUCCAACUGGGGAAGAGCAUCCUCUCAGCCAAGAAUCACAUACCAAUAAGACUAAAACAACAGGUUUGUCUUUUAUGAGAAAGCCCAGCUGCGACAUUAAAACUCCCCCCAGUGUAGAGAUCCUGCGAGCUCACAUCCAGGAAGAACCAGCUCAGCCUGCAGAAUGGAUCUCCCUCCAGUCAGAGAUAUGUCUGAUGUCCCGUGAGAUUUGGGAGGCCCCCAGCAUCCUGCCCUGGUGCCACACAGCUGGCUAACUAGGAUGGAGCACACUCAUUCUCUGAGAAACGAGCUAGACUCAGUACUUUCAAUAGAGCAGAUCCGUGCUAUCCGGGCCAACAAUGACUAUGUGGAGAGACCGGUGGCACUGGAACCGGCAUCCCAGUCAGGAUUCUACUACGCCCAUGAGGACCGUAUCGUAUACAGCCAUCACCCCCAGCCUUCCUCUCUCUCCUCUGCUCUGUCCCGUAGUCAGAGUCAGCAGCAGCAUGCUCAUCUGGCCCACCUGAGCCGCUCCAGCACAGUAAGCUCCUCCAUUUCUCGGACCAGCGCCACGUCCGACCAGCGGCUUCUGGCAGGUUUGACUCCAUCUCACUCUGGCUUUAGCACGGCUGUCCACUUUCAGCCUAAAGGGGAGCUUAAGUCCGACACUUCAUUUGGUAAAGGGCUAACAGAUGAUGAACAUUUGUUCAUCUGUGAGAGGUGUGGUCGCUGUAAGUGUCAAGAGUGCUGCAACCCCCGCCGGCUUCCAUCUUGCUGGGCUUGCGGACAACGAUGUCUUUGCUCCCCUGAGACCGCCGUGGAGUACAGUACAUGCUUGUGUUGUGUGAAAGGCCUGUUCUAUCACUGUUCUGCCCAAGAUGACGAGGAUAACUGCGCUGAUCGGCCAUGCUCCUGCACUUCAGCCCACGCCUGUGCUCGCUGGAGCACCAUGGCCCUGCUGGCCCUCUGUCUGCCCUGCCUCUGCUGCUACCCCCCUGCCAAGAUGUGUCUUGCACUAUGCCAGUGUGCCCAUGACCGAGCCACACGGCCUGGAUGCAGGUGCAGCAACACCAACACAGUGUGUCGCAAAAUUUCUGCCUCCAACCCUAACGCUGGUUACCCCCCGCUACGAAGCAAAGACCUGGAAAAGUCCCUAUGACAUAUUUAGAGAAGGGAAAUGACCAAUGCAAAGUGGAGAUACCGGCAUCCACCUGCCUUCAGAUACACCCACCCAACAAACAUGCUAUGGAAGCGUUAUUCUCCUAAUACACUUUGAAUUUGAAUCUCCAGCUCACGGGGGACCAACUAUUUAUUGUGCCUGUUCAUGUUGGAGAGCUAAUGCCUGAAACCAGGAGCUCAGCUUGAAGGAGAAACCAUCAGUUUACCUUUUAACAAUUCUCAGACAGCAAGAACCUCUCUUUGCCUUUUGUCACGUUAUCUCAACCUGAUAAAAUCUAUUUAUUUAUAGUGAAACCUCCUUCCUCCCCACCCUGAGCAAAGAGUCUGAGCAGAACACAGAGGGAAGCGACCCCUGGCGCUGUGUACAAUCUUUGCCAACAGGCGUUCUGCUCUCCUGGAACAGAAAUCUAGAUCAAGUACUCAAAUUAAUCCUAAGAUGCAUUUCUUACAAUACCAGGAGAAAAGGGAAAUAUGAACGUUUUUUUGCUAUGUUGAACGCUUGACUAGGGCUAAGCAAAGCAUCAAGGACAUAUAGUGACUGCACCCACAAUCUGAAACCAAAAAAUGGGACCAUGCACUGUACUGAGUGAAUUUAAAUGUUAUUAAAGGGGCCCUGUCACGUCGUAUGCUAAUGAAGAAAACACAACAAAACAUUUAUUCUUCUUCAGAGAUAUACGCCAAGCGUUUCUCCUGCUAGUGUUUACUAAGCCGUUUUUAAGCCUGAAAAAGAAUGUUUGCAGAAGCAUUUAGCGAUUGGCGUAAAAAAAAAAAAGAAGCUAGGUAGUAUUUUCAGAAUGUGACGGGGCCCCUUUAAGAUUGUUUGUUACAGAAAAACACUGUGAGGUGGAUGGACGAUUUUUUCUGCCCAGAACUGAACUGGGAAUUAUUUAACCAGAGAGGAUGCAUCAGUUGUGUCAUGGUAGCGUGUGAGGCCGUGUGCAAAUGUGUUUAUGCGUCCUCCUGCUGUACAACCUUUGUGCGCAUGUUGUGUGUGUGUGAGUGUGUUGUUUGGUCAGCAGAAGAAGCCUCCUUGUCUUUAUUUUUAGCUUUAUUCAAGCACCAGGGGUCUGGUCAGGUUUCCUCUUCAAGUCAGCCUGUCGCCAGCCUCACGGUGCUCUCCAACCUCCAUCUUCCGUCUCCACCUCUCUUUUUUAUCUAUGCGCUCAACCACCAAUCAGGUAAUACCAGGGUUAGGAUUAGCUCUGUUAAUAGCCAACAUUAGCUUUGGAAGAACUUGGUUUUAGAUCUGAGAAAAUGAAACGUUUUGAAGCAAUGCCGUCUGAUGAAGGCUGAGCUCAAAGAGAUGGAAGAGAACCACGAUUCAACCAAAAAAUAUGCAAGUGGCCUUUAUAUUGUAUCUCCCUACUGCCUCGUCUUUCUUCCCUCUACAGCUCAGAGGGCUAAAAGCCUCGAGUUCCAGGCCCACAGAGAGUUGAUCAAACAGGCAAUUAGCUUCCUGUUAGCCCUUAAUGGGCCAUAGAAGACUGGAGUGUGGGAGGGAGAGAGGAGAGCCAACAGGAUGCAAAGAGUUGUGGUGUUUGGCAGAUGGAGAGAGGGAUGCUAAGAGGGGAAAAAAGCUUGAUAUUGCAAUGAGGUCAUCCUUUUUUAUUUCAGCACUUCAGACUUCGAUGCAGGGGUAAUGCAAGAGAGAUUCUCCAAAAUGGAGCUUCUAAAGUGAACGAAAACAACAAACACGUUGAUUUGGGUGUGGAUUAGUAUGAAGGUGGGGGCAUAUGCAAACAUGUUCAAUGUCUGUGUGUGUGAGUUUAAGAAUGAUUGCAUUUUAGCUUGUCUGAGCACUUAAGCACUGACCUUCACACUGACCUGUUUGUUUGCUAUAUUUUUAUAUGUAAUUGUGGACCAUCUACUGUAUAAAUAUUUUUAUUCUGUUUCAUGUUCUGACACUUAUUGUUUUCCAUUUGCAAUGUCCUGUUUUACCAAACACUGGUGAGCUUUUCAGAAACGUUUGGGGCAACUCUCAGGUGCUGCACAGAUCCCAGUUACAAAAGGCAUUGUGAAAUAGAAAACUGUUCUUUUUCAAAUUUAAAGCUAAAAAAAAACAAUUUUAAAGGUCACUUUCCUCAAAAUUUACCAUACCAGCCUAAAGAACAGGACAAUUAAAAAUAAUCUGCUUUCUUUACUUUACUGUCAAUUAUAUUUCUGUUUGUUCAUGGAGGAAAUGUUAGUAUUAGACCAAGAAAACGUUGAUAAAUAAAAGGUGCAAGUUUGCACCUUUUUUUCUUUAAACCACUGAGACGUACAUUAACUUUGGAUCAUUGUCCAUAAAAUGUUUAUUCAUUAUUCCAGAACAGUCCAUAGAUAUCCCAUCAGUCUGUAAAAUAUUAACUCAAAGUGUUUAAGUUGGGCUUUUACAAAUGUAAGAAGUGCCUUUGGGUUCUUUUUGGCCAAAAGUGGCGUUAGCCCUUCGAACUCUCUAAAUUUCUUUUCUAAGCUCCCGGAUGAGUCGUCUAAGCACUCUUAGAUCAUUUUAGUAUUUCCUGUAAAAGAUGUUUUUGCUGUUUCAUGUUUCCUCUAUUAAUGGAUUAUGGCUGCAGAACCGAAGCCUUUUAAGACACAGAAGAAGCUUUGCUGCUUAUCUGUUCUUCAUUUAUUUUUUAAUGACAUGCAAUCCUCUUUGUGAUUCUUAAACAUUCUUUAUGUUGUCAAAAAGUUUCUAUUUAAGGAUUUGGGGUUUGCACAUGUCAGGCCAGUGAAAUUCAAUCCAAAAACUUUGGUAGAUUGCAGAAAACGACUGAUUAUAUUUUUUUGUCGUGGCAGUCUUUUUAAAUUAGAGUGGUCGUUAAAAAAAUAGAUUUUGGAACUACUCAGGUAAUCUUAAUCUAAUAUUAAAGCGACCUAGAAAAAUAAUUAUAAUACAAAAGCCAAACCAAAGGAAACAUUAAGGGGUAAAUACUUAGACAAACUUUAUUGCCAUUUUGUACACAGAGUGUAAACAAAAACAAAUACAGCUCAUUUUUUUUAAAGUGCAGCCGUGAUAAUGUAAGAAAUUGUUGAGAGCUGUUCUUGGUCGCUGCCUCGGAGCGUCGCCAUGGUAACCCAGAUACAAAUACUUUUAAAUCUACUCCAUGUAGAAAGGUUACUAUGAAGCUUUUCUGUAAAUUUAGGACAGUCUCAUCUGCAGCCCUUUUUGACACAUGUUGACAUAUAUAUUAUUUUAAUAAAAAAUCCUGUUUGUUGGAAAUUUUCCCUUUGAUCCGUAGAGAUGUUGGGAAACUGAACCAGCACCCUGAGUCACUCUUAUUGAGCUAAAAAGAUGCAACAAUUGUAAACCAGCUAUCUGAGCAAAUACAGAAGCACAACUUAUUAACCAGCUGCUAAAAGCUUGUUGUACUUUUAAUAAAGUUAAUAAAGAGGAAAACAAAGCAAAAAGUGGUAACUUCCUAUAAAAUAAGCAUAAUUUUGCAAGCGUUCAAUCCUUUCUGUUGCUUUACUCUGAGAUUUAAAGCCGACAAUGAUUAAAAAACUAAAAGGACUUUUUCCCAGUUGUUACCGUCUAACAUUUAACACUGGUCAAUAUGAAAUAGCAUAACAACUAAAAACACUAAUAUUUUUUAUAACAAGCACUUAAAAACUUCCAAAAAGUAAUCACUCCACACAAUUACUAAAGUAUACGAUCCAAGCAGACAAGCAGGCAUAAACGAUAAAGACCAACAAAGUUAUAAAAGCAUGAACAUUUAAAAUCAGCUAAUAUCUGUUAGAAGAGGUGGGUAGAGACUUAUUGCAUUUACAUCAAAUAAUAUCAGUACUUGGGUAACAUGUCUGGCCACCAUCACGGCUAACAAUCCUCAGAGAAGAAGAAGCAUGUUUCAGACCAAAGAGGCAUCAGAGACACACACACACUUUAUGCUUUAUGUUAUUUCUUUCUUUAACAGAAGCUCUAUUGCUUCAUUGUUAUUUUUUUGAAGGGAAAUGCAAUAAACUGUGUCUUGUUAUUGGAAGUAUCCUACACGCUUCUAAUCUUUUCAAAGCAAAUAUUUUUUAAAUUGCCACCAAACAAUUUUUACUCUUACUGCUCAUUUCUUCCUUUGCUACUUCUCACUUUUACUUCAGUAAAAAUGCAGUGAAGCAGUUCAACUCUUACUUAAAUACUAUUUACGGGUAUAUUGCCCACUUCUGAUUAGAGAAACAUUUAAAAUAUAUUUGUGGACUUCAAAGUAAGCAUUUCUAUGUUUUUAAAAUAGUUUUUAAUGUAAAAUGUGGUUUAAUGGUUUAAUGACAUUAGAGAGAUUGUUAAACAAUGAAUGCUGUCCAGGUGAAGGUAGGAGUAAACCAUGGCUGGUUUGCAGUGACUGAGCACGAGUUGCCCCUCAUGUUUCUGUGCAGCAAAGAUCCUGGAGGGACGGUGGGCAACUGAUUAAAUAUCCUCAUCCUUUUAAUGCAGUUUUUUUUAAUCCGAAGUUGCAACUUUUUCUGCAUUUAUUGAUUUUUAUACAUAAUUAUUGCAAGUAGUCCACCAAAAAACAUCAUCAGAUUCUCAGUAAUACAAUCAAAUCACUUAGAAAUGUGUCGAUAUAAAUGAAGAUAAAUGUGAGAACCCGUUUUUAGCAAAAACUAGACAGAUAAAACCAUGUUUUAUGAAAAUAAAAAGUUCCUCAUGGAAGCCACUUUUUAUACUUUGCUGGCACAUGCAUGCAGUUGUGACUAAAGCUGAAAAGCAUCUGAACAGUUUGGGUUUCUAAUCAGGAAAACAAGAGUGUUUGGUUGAAUAUUUUUCGAAGUUUUCCAAAGCGUCAUCGUUAUUGUGGAGCCAGAGGAUUCUGUUCAGAAUCUCAUCAACGCCGACUGAACACCUGCAGUCAAACCUUGGUGCUUCUGAGGAACAUCUGAGGAACAACGCUGUCAUCCUGGACAUGUUUUAGCUUUAAUUCAUAAUAGUUUUCUUUUAUUCAUGAACAAAAUGCAUAAAGGUGAAAUGUGGGGAAAAUCUGAACUCGACUCAAGAGGAAUUAAAUUACGAUGAUAAUUUUCAAGGUUUAAAAUUACAUUUUUACAUAUUUUAUAUCUUUCUUCCCUCCCUUUAUUUUCAGUGUGGUUUCUAUCGCCCUCUUCCUUCCUUCCUUCCUUCCUUCCUUCCUUCCUUCCUUCCUUCCUUCCU